UGGAUACGGAUACCUCCGGUCUCUUUUAGGUUAAUACUUGGGGUAAUAAAUGACUCAUCACUAUUGGACACAGAGGCCUACGAAGGGGGAAGGCUUUUCGAUUUUAUUCAUAACAGUUUGAAACUACCAGUUAUUGGAGGUUGAACUGCUUUAAACAAUGAAUUUUUAGCCACAUCUUAAGGUCUUCGUGUUACUGCGCUGACAUCAAUUUCUCAUCUACGUUGCAGUAAAGUGAUGAACAGCAGGUUCGGGCGCAAAAAGACUAAAAAUCCCCCUACUUUUCUCAUGAAUUCAUUAUUACAAAUCAUGGGGACAUUGUCAGUGUUUUGGCGAUGCUAAUCAUCGUUGGUUUGCUGCACAAGGGAACUCAUGUUUUAUCUUCAUCUUUCAUAUUCAUCCAGUACAACAACACCGACGAAAACCAAGAAAAUGCCUUAUUAUACAGCCCAGGAGCAAAAGAUUUAUGCGUAAUAUUUUUUUACACUCUUAUAUGUAUUGUGUCACAUGCUGUACUUCAAGAGUAUCUCUUUGACAAAGUGACUCGAAAGUUAAGUUUGACAAAGGUUCGGCUAGCUAAAUUCAACGAAUCUGCCCACCUUGCAUGCUUUUAUGCUUUGUCCACAGUUUGGGCCGCUUACAGUAUUAUUAACGAAGGUUUUAUAGAAAAUUUGAGUAGUUUGUGGGAUAAUUAUCCACAGAGAUGGCUGCCAUUCUGGAUCAAAUUGUUUUUCAUCACUCAAAUUUGCUACUGGCUUCAUGACUAUCCAGAGCUUUAUUUCCAGCGUGUAAAAAAAGAACUCAUACCUGCACGACUGUUUCAUGCAACAAUGUAUCUUCUCGGCAUAUCUUUGGCUUAUGUUGGAGGAUUAACUAAAUUAUGUAUGGUAGUUCUUGUUCUUCACUACGGUACUGAUUUCUUCUUGCAUGUUUCUCGGGCAUUGCACCUUGCGGAGUAUAAGUUUGCAUCCAUUGGUUUCACAAUAUGGAAUUUGACUUUUAUACCAGUGCGGAUGGCAUGCGUAAUCCUUGGUUUUCUCACUUUGCAUCAUGGCUUAGGAAAAUAUUCUGUUACGUUGGUGAGAAUCGCCGAUGGGAAUUUCAAUACUCCAUCCAUAAGAAUUGCUGCAAUGCUAUUUUUCUUCACUACACAAGCUUUAAUGGUGUGGAAUUUCAUAACCUUCCAUCAACGGCAUCGUAGAGACAAGCAACAAUCACAUACUUCUAAGAGUUGGUUCUUUAUUAGUCAAGAUUCUGGACAGCGGAAAAAGGAGAAGAGAAAAGUUAAACGGGAAGACGAAGACACUAGCGAUCAAACGGAAACUGAUCAGAAUCCACAACAAAAGGAAUUAAAACGACGAAAGCCGAUCAAAGUGCGUUCACAGUAACCUACAAAGCUACGUGUAUGAUCUUCUUUCUACUUUCAUUGAAAGUUUUCUAAAUUUGUUUCCGCUAAUUUUAUCUACUUGUUUUCCUCUUGUAAAUCUAGACUACUUUCAUAUUAAGAAUAAAAGUCCUUUUUCUUGUUUAACUGAACAAUAGGAAUGCUUAUUUUUAAUGUCAAGUUGUUACCACAAAUUAAAAUAUUUUACAGUUUAAUUGACGAUUUUGUUUUUCAACAUCUCUGUUGCUUUACUCUAGCCAAUUUUCCUUUUCUUUUUUUUUGAGAAGCUUUGUAUGUGCUAGUAAAUUAAUCCAACAAUUGUAUAAUAUUUAUAGUUCGAGUAUACGUUACACUUUUGGUA